AUGGAGUGCAGAAAGUUCGAGCUGACCUUGAUAUCGGCGAACGAGCUGGAAGACGUCCGGAAGCUUUUCAAGAUGGAAGUGUACUGCAAGGUCAGAAUCGGAAGCAACCCGCGGAUGGAGAAGCGAUCGCCGGCGGACCGGCACGGCGAGAUAAAUCCGGCCUGGAAUUUCUCGAUGGAGUACACUAUUUUGGAGGAGAUGAUUCAGCACCCGAAUACUAUGUUUGUGAUUAAACUGUAUUGUAAGCGCAUGAUGGGGGAUAGGUACGUGGGGGAGGUGCACGCGCCGCUGAAAGAUCUCUUCGACUAUGCUUACAAUAGCGGCGGUAGCGCCCUGGUGAGCUACCCGGUGAGGAAGGGGUGCGCGGAUUCGCAAGGCUUUUUGCGGUUUUCGUAUAGGUUUGGGCAGAGGGUUUCGGUUGAAAAGCUUCUUUUGGCGGAGACUCUUGCUGGAUGGGGUAUGCCCUGA